AUGGCUCUGUACGAGGACACCCUGCUCUGUAACUUCCCUAAGUGCCGCGCCAAGCUGUCGGGAUUCGCCUGGGUCACGGCCUGCUCCCACAUCUUUUGCGACCCUCAUGGGAGUGGGGAGUUUAGCCGCUCCCCUGCCGUCUGCCCCGCCUGCGGCAGCGCCCUUUCCGGGAAACUAGACAUCGUGCGCUCCGAGCUGAGCCCCCCCGAGGAGUAUAAGGCCAUGGUGCUUGCAGGACUGAGACCGGAGAUCGUGCUGGAGAUCAGCUCCCGCGCACUUGCCUUCUGGACCUACCAGGUGCAGCAAGAGCGCCUGCACCAGCAGUACUCACUGUCCCGCCUGGAGGAGCAACUGAAGCAGACAGAGCUGCUGUGCUCCCAACGGCUGCAGGGGAAGGAGUGUGAGGUGAGCGGGGUGAAGGGAGAGCUCAGCGCCCUCAGCAAGCUGCUAGAGGAGUACAAGCGCAAGUACAGUGACGUCUCUGAGAAGCUUAUGGAAAGGAACCGGCAGCACCACAAACUGCAGAGCCUCUACGACAGCCUGAGACUCAGGAACAUGGCAGCCAGCAGCCAGGAGAGGGAGAGCAGAGAGAGGGAGAGGGGCAGCCACGGCUACAUCUUCUCCAGAGCAGUCGGGCAGCCGAAGUUUCACACACCCCAGGGAAGCCGCUCUCACUGCGGGGAGGGGGAUCACAAGAACAAACACGCCCUGUUUUACUCCCCGCCACCGGGAGGCACUGUCCCCACUACUGCUGCUGCUUCCGGCUUUGAGGCAGAGAAAGAGGGCUUCUUUCAGUUCCCCUCCCCUGCCCGGGAAGGACCCCACUCGUACUACAUGCAGAGACAGUAG